AACUUUGCUAUUUCAAGUGUUUUUAUGUUUGGUGACAAUUUAUUUCAUCUGGAUUUGUGGGAGGAUAAGUCCUGCGGUGUAUUGUGUAGACUCUGAUUCAGUGUCAGAAUGGAAGGAACUGUGUUAAUUAUUACUUUGAGUAUUAUGAGCAUAGGAAUGUUUGACCAGCUCGCUUUGGUAAGAGCCCAGGACAACGCUAUCAGCGAUGAAGCAAAUGAUUCCUUUGACUUGCCUCAAAUUGAGUGGUCGGUUGACGAAGUAGUGUUGGGCUAUGGUGACACUUGGAAUGUUUCGUGCAAAUGUAAUAAGCCCAUCGCCUGGAAACCAUUUGACCCCGAGUACAAAUGGGACCCUCCGAACAUCACUGUUUCCAUCUACAAGACAACGGAUAUCAACAUGCCUUAUGGAAGCGUGCUUAUCAUAACGAAUGCAUCAGCAUUGAUGGUUGGCCGUUACUAUUGUGGGCAUUUCGAUAAGCUAGAGAAAGAUCCAGAUGAGAUGGUACUGGAAAACGUCGCCAGUAGCAUCUACGUUUAUGUUGAAGAUCCUCACCAGCUCGUGGUACCAGAUCCUGUGAAAUCUUAUAAUAAUAGCGAGGGAGUCGUUGUUCUCUGUAAACCGUCAUAUCCUGACGUAUUUCUGGAAUUGUGUGACAAAACAUCCCAGGAAUGUGCCGCGACCCCAGAUCCAACGAAAGGAUUCUUCAUACCAGAUAAUCUUGACUCUGUUCCUGCGGAGCUUUAUUGUAAAGCUAAUGGUAUGAGCUAUACUGUUUACCCAGGAGAAUCCGUUAACGAUGGAUUACUAAAACCAACCAUCAUCAGCAAUAUCGGCGAUAUUGUUCCUAUCGACAAAACCGUGCGUCUGACUUGCAGUUUCGAAGGGCCUUUGAAUGUAAACAUUCAAAUAUUGUGGAAAAUGAGCCCACGCUAUGAACCUGCCGAGAUAGACCCCACUAUCUCAGUGGGAGAACAAACUAAAUCUCGCAGUCAGUGGACUCCGACGCAGAUUUUCAAGCGUGAUCUCAUUAUUCAAAAAGCUACCCAGGCGCACAGAAGAACCUAUCGAUGUGAAGCGAUUGUAGAUAACAACAAUACCUACUACCACAAUUUUAAGCUGCAAGUUCGCGAAACUCCUGACGACUUCGUCAUACUGAGCGCAGCCCACAACCAAACGGUCGUUAAUCGCAGGGUUAACAGAAAUGGAGAAAUGUUGCCGAUUGAAAUCAUAAUCCGAUAUAAAUCCUAUCCCGCGCUAUCCAUUUUUGAUUCCUAUCAAUGGUCCAGGGACAAUGGAGCCGCGAUAAUAACAAACGGCGAUUAUAAACAUAAUGUCACUGAGGAUUAUAUAAACUUGAGAAUCAAUCAACCGACGGUGCACGAUUCGGAUAUUUAUACCUUAGUGGUUCAUGCAGGAACUGCAAAGGCAAUGUAUAACAUAUCUAUUUUCGUUUAUGAUAAGCCUUCCCUGAGCAUGCAUAACAUAAUGGCGGCCAAAGGCGAGCCUGUUUACUUCCUGUGUGGAAGCGUGGCUUAUCCUUUGCCGGAAAUGUGGUUCUUUUUCCAGCCGUGUAAUGAGGUACCCUGGGGAAACUGUUCGAUGGUAAUUGAUGCAGAAGCUGAGUGGCAAGAAGGAACACAGGAGACGAAAUUGUUGAUCUGGUCAACAGUAUCUUACAACUUAGUCGCCGAUGAACCUGGAAUCAUGUACUGCAAAGCCAACAAUUCCGAGGGGAAUGCAAUGACGCACGCUUAUCUAUUGUUGGAAGAUGUUUCCGAGUAUAUAACGCUGGAAAUAGUUGAACCUAAAGGGUUGAUAACUGUUGGAGACAAUGUUACAUUUACUUGCUCUACGUUCGAUACAGUUCAAUACAACGUUGACGUGGUAUUCGAACACAAUGGAAGGGUGGACGAACGCAUCGUGAUACAUGAAGAUUCGCUGAUCCACAAAGUACAACUCACACUGUACAAUGUUAGUCUAAAUCACACGGGAGAUAUUUCGUGUCAUGUCAUCUUUACAGAUAAUCACAAACUACCAGAGAAAAGAUCCAUUCACAUGGAAGUGAUAGAAGCAAUAGCACCUCACUUGCGUUCAGGUGAUGUCAAUCAGACUCUAAUCGUUCACGUAUUGAAACCGAUUCAACUCGUGUGUGAUGUCGUUGGAGUACCUGAACCUAAGAUAACGUGGUUCAAAGAUGGAGAACCAUUUGCAUACUACAUGACAAAACCAACAAACACCACAUCCAUCACUAUUCCAUACGCGAAUCCUAUGCACUCUGGGUUGUAUGAAUGCAUGGCGGAAAAUAAAAAAGGCAAUAUAACGAUAACCAGAAUCGUUACCGUACGAAGCACCGCAUGGAACCAGCCGCCAAUGUAUGUUACGGUGGUGCUUCUCAUGCUGACAAUAGUGUUCGCGUUAUCCUCGGUGUUCUUCUACAUGAUGAUGAAGAAGAUAUCUCGUGUUUUGAUUGUAAAGACUAAUCAUGAGCAGAUCGCACCUUUACUUGAAUCGUCCUAAUGGUAGUUUAUACAACGAAGAAUCAGUUAAUUACUAGGCUACACUUUUUUUACAAUAUCUUCACAACUUCCAAGGAAUGUGUACUAACGAAGAAUAUGCAAUAACGCAUAUUCAUGUAUAGGAGUGUAUGUUUUCAGAUGAACAUAAAAAUUAAAAAAAAUUAAAACGUUAUUCCUUGUGAUUCCAAUAAGCAAUGGUACUGGAUCACAAAUUACGGAUAGGUUGUUACUAACCAGACUAAUAAAAUACUAUAUACCAAGAAUAUCAGAUCAGAUAUAGGAAAGAAAAUCGCGGAUCAAUCACAUCUUCAAAAACCGCAUUUCAAAAAUUCCUAACAUUGCACCUUUUAAGAAACGGUAGUUUAACGAACGGAUAACCAGUAGAGUUGUCGGUUGUUGGCACAUACAUACAAGA